ACUGUCCUCUUCAUCCGUCCUGGUCAACAUCUUCCGCUCUCUGGUCAGUGUCCUUUCCUCCUGGCCUGGAUUUGUCAUUUCUGGUCAGCACCUUCCUUGCUUGGUCAUUAUUUUCUUUCCUGGUCUCCUGUGACGUCGAGGUCUGUCUGCAGAAUGGCGAACCCCCAGCUGGUGCAAGGCAUGCAGAACGACCUCACCUGCCAGCUAUGUCUCGAGCUCUUCCAAUCGCCCAUCACACCCGAGUGUGGACACACGUUCUGCCAGAAAUGCUUGAUUGGGGCCCCCAAGGGCCAGGAUCAAAAUGGCUCCACUCUCUGCCCUACUUGCCAGGCCCCAUCUCGUCCUGAGAGCCUUCACAUCAAUCGUCAGCUGGAACAUCUGGUCCAAAGCUUCAAGCAGGUUCCUCAGGGUCACUGCCUGGAACAUCUGGACCCGCUGAGCGUCUUCUGUGAGCAGGACAAGGAGCUGAUCUGCGGGGUGUGCGCCUCCCUGGGCAAACACAAGGGGCACAACAUCAUCACAGCCCCCAACGCCUACACCAAGAUGAAGAGGCAGCUUCCCCAGCAGCAGGUCCUCCUGCAGGAAGCACGACUACGGAAGGAGAAGACAGUGGCUCUACUGGACAGACAGGUGUCUGAAGUGAAGGAUACUGUGUCCCGCUUUAAGUCAAGUGUGAAGGAUCAGCUCAACGUCAUGCGCUCCUACCUGAACAUCAUGGAGACCUCACUGUUUCGAGAAGCAGACAAAGCUGAGCAAAGCGCCUCUGGGGCCCUUUUGGGUGAAAGGAAAAGUAUGGCCCAUUACGUGGAGCAGCUCAGCCAGAUGGAGGGAGUCCUGAAAGAGCUGGAAGGACAGGAGCAGACGGAGUUUCUGAGGAAGUUCUGUGUGGUGAACGGCAGGCUUGGUAAAAUCUUGUCCGAGUCUCCUCUUCCCGGACGCCUGGACAUCCAGCUGCCCAUCAUCUCGGAUGAGUUCAAGUUCCAGGUGUGGAAGAAGAUGUUCCGGGCGCUGAUGCCAGCUCUGGAGAACCUGACGUUUGACCCGGACACGGCCCAGCAGAACCUGGUGGUCUCUGCAGAUGGUAAAUCCGUGGAAUGUUCCGACCACAAGCAGCCGGUGUCUGACGAUCCCGGACGCUUCGACAAAGGCAACUGCUUAGUCACCAAAGAAAGCUUCACGGAAGGAGAACAUUACUGGGAGGUGCUGGUGGAGGACAAGCCGAGGUGGGCGUUGGGUGUCAUCUCUGAAACCGCCAACCGUAAGGGCAAGCUUCACGCCAGUCCCUCCAAUGGCUUUUGGCUCUUGGGUUGCAAGGAAGGAAAGGUCUACGAGGCCCAUGCGGAGGCGAAGGAGCCGCGCCUGCUCCGUGUGGAUGGACGUCCAGAGAAGAUUGGCAUCUACCUGAGCUUCUCCGAUGGGGUUGUGUCCUUCUUUGAUUCUGGAGAUGAGGACAAUCUGAAGCUCCUGUACACCUUCCACGAGCGCUUCUCCGGGAGACUCCAUCCCUUCUUUGACGUCUGCUGGCACGACAAGGGAAAGAACAGCCUACCCCUGAAGAUCUACGUGCCCCCCGGAGGCCAGUGAUCUCCAGCAGGCCACAGAGAGACCACAGGUGGACAUCUCCGUAGUGUGAGAACCCCCAUACCGGUUAACCCCAGAUCUGCUGGAUCUUCUCUACACCCCAC